GAGGUGUUGGACAACAAUGAGUUCAACGUCUGGUAUGAACAGUACAAAUUCUGUCUCGAGCAGAAAUGGUUCUGUUGCACCUCGUCCGUCAGUCUCUUCAAGUAGCAGCAGUGGUGGUGCAAUGCCUAAAGUGAAGUUAAGAAAAAAAAUUCCCAUUCACCCUAAUAGUUUUUCACUUCCGAUGGGGCAGUUGCCCUAUCAAGUUGAUUCUCAAACUUCACACCAUCAAUUUGUGCCACCGAUUCAUCAGCAUAUUCCAACAAAUGGCCAGUUUCCGAACACCAGUAACGGCAAUUCUAGCCAAAUAAAUGCUAAUGGACUUCCACUGUCGUCAGGGUGUAAGAAUACACCUAAAACCCAGCUGAUUUUCGACUGGCAAACAGGAGAGAUUCCUGCACCUACAUAUCCUCACAGGAAUUGUCGAAAUAGACAUACAUCCUCAGAGUUGUAUGAUUCAGCAUCAGAUGAAAGCGUGUCUCAAGAUAACCGUCAUAUUGUUCCUGGAAAUUUGUUCAGAGGCAUCCUCUCAGAGGUGAACUGCUCUGUAGACCCUCAACCAACUUAUCAAUACCCUAGACUAAGGAUGAAUGGACAAGACACUGGUUCUGGAGCAACACCCUCUCUGUCAUCAGAAGUGUCCUCCCACAGUGUGGCUUUGAAUAAUGGGACAGCCUCUGAUCAUCAAAACCGAAAUUCAGAAAACAAGAAAAUUAAUGUUCCAUCAUCUCCGGAUCGAGCUCAUGUAGAGCACCGUUUGAGUCAGAUUCAAGAUUACAUAAAGCAGACAUCAUCACUGAUUGAAUCCUACAGACUGUCUGGAGUGGGGGCCACAGAUGAUUCAAGUUUUGAAUUCCUAGUAGAAGUUCUUAAGGACCUUCAUGAUAGUGAGGCAAAACUUAAAUGUUUGCUCUCUGCUUAUGAUCAGAUCAUCCAGGAAGAUGAUGUCAAGAAUACAAAUGAUGGUACAGAGGUUACAAGUCGCGGAUCACAACCUCAAGAACCUCAAGUCAAUGGGAAUGAUCAUUCUGUGAAUGCUAAUGGUUCAGCCAAGUCAACAGAUACCAGAAAACAAAUUGAAAUAAAAAUGAAAUUUGAAGAGUCUUUAAGACAACUUCAUGCACUUCAAGCAGAGCAAGCAUUACUUAUUCAGAAGAGAAGUGAAGCUCAAGAACAGCUUCAGGAAGCUCAGAGAGCUCGGAACAUCUUGCUAGCAAUGUCGAGUAAUGGAUGCUCAGUUAAUACACAAGGUGGUAGCACUAGCGGUACUGGUUCAGAGGAUCAGCCUUCAGAUGCUUUGCUGAAUAAUCUGCAAGAUGUUGAUCGACGACCACCAUCUAUUCGAGGGAAAUGCCAAACUCAACCAAAUCGUGAAUUUCCAACUAAAAAGAGGCAGUCUGCAGACUUCCAAUCUGAUGUGACCACAUAUUUGAAAGAACUACUGACUGGUGAUGAAGUGAAGGAACAGGCCAGUAGUGAGGACAGUGCUGUGGAAGAUGCCAUAGAUGAGUAUGCAGAAGCAAGAGCACAAGUGAGACUCCAAGGUCAAAUUGUACAAGAUAAAGUUACAGAAAUAAAUUCUCUUCGUGCUCAACUUGACCAAGCUAAAAGCCUUCUUAACAUUGCUCAUAGAAGAGAUGGAAGACCUCAUGUGUCAGGUAACAACUCAGCUGAUGAGGGUGUGUUUGAUCAAGUUGUUAAUAUACUGCAGCAACGUAAGGGAGAUGGAGACGCUGCUUCGCCAGACUCUAGAAAGUCUAAGCCUACAGUGAAACAACAACAAUUGGAACUUGAAAGAGCCAAGCUCGGUAGACUACGUGGUCUACUGGCAACUGUUCAGGAGUAUCGUUCAUCAGGUCUUCCUAUCCCUGAACAUAUCCUGAAUGAAUUUGGAAAUGAAACACAGCCUGAUGUUAGCCAGGUUACGUCUCAUGCUCAAGAAGCCAUUCAUGAAGAGGAUGCAGCUGCUGAGGCUGAUGUAGAAGAAGAUGAUGAGCCUGAGUCUGCUACUCAGUGGAAUCAGCAACAUCUGUCCUUAGUGGAAAGUGCAUCAAUGGCAAGUGAACUAUCACACGGACUGCAGCAGCGUGCUGCGCAACUUCAAGUGGAGCGAGAUGGCCUUUCAGCCAUGCAGAGACAGCUAGAUGGAUUGUUCAGUCAAUUGCAGCAACCGCCAUCUGACAAAUCUCCAGUUGUUAACCAUGAGGAAACGCCUGUCAAUACAUCAGAGACAAGUUCAUCCCCUCUUCAUCGGCCUAGGAGUGCUCAGGAAACAAAGAGAGCAGAUGAAACAGUACAGAGGAGAAUGGAAUUACUGUCAGAUUUGCACAGUAGGUGGCAACAGCUGCAAGAUGAUAUUGCAUCAGAUGGAGAGCUAAGUGUAAAAGCUGCCCCAGUUCUCAGUGCCACCAAAUCUGCACUGAACAAACUGACGCAUCAAAUUUUGCCUGAAAAUAAUGUUAUUGAGGACAAUACAUCAGAAACUACAUGGGACCAGGGAUCACUUGUCGGAAGACGCCAGACAACACCACUGAGAGGUGAACUUCCUCCACAAGCCCUGUCUCAAGAACGCCAAUAUUAUGAUGGUAGCCAAAUGUCAUCUGCUCCUAGCACUCUCAUGAGAAGGAGAUCACCUUCUGAUGUUAUUAGAAAUCAGCGAGCUGUGUGGAGCUCAGCAAAUGACGAAGAAGCUCGUGCUUCUUUAAACAAUACAGCAACUUCUUUGAGAUAUGCAGGAGUUCCAUCAGAGGAAAACCCACCAAUAAUCAGCAUGCCCUCACCAUCACCUAGUGUUCUUCAACAUCAACAACAAACUCAAGAGAUGAAGAAUCGCAUUGCAGCACUAAGCCGUUCAUGUCAAAGUCUUUGCUUGGAUAGUGUUGAAGGUAUCAAUUCUUCCCCUGCAUUGCCUUUAUUGCCAGCCGUUGCUAUCCCACCACCUCCUCCUCCUGGAUCACUAAGCCAUGACCGGGAGGCUUACUACCAACAACUUCUGGCAGCAGGACAGUUGCAGCAACAACAAGUCUUAUUGACAGCCAUCAAUCAAUGCUUCCACAUUUUAAAAUUGCAACAGCAUGAGCUUCUAAACCUGAGCAAUUCUGUGCACAUGCUCUCUUCUGGUGCUAACCAUGUUACCCCCGUGGGUGUUCACUCCAGUGUGCUCCCUGGUGUACACCCAGCUGUGAAUGCUGUAAAUGCUCAUCAGGGUGUUCACCAAGGCGUUCACCCAGGGGUGCAUCAUGCCUUGCUUCAAAGUGAGGAACCAUGGGCAACCCCAUCCCCAGCUCCUGGUCCCCCAACCUUAAAUAACCAAGUUCCUCCUGGCAACCGCACCAACAAUUAUUGGGACAACUUCCGCAGUUAUUCGCGGCAGAACCUCCUUUCAACCAGUGCAAAAAGCAACGAAGGCUUGCCUCAUAGUCCAAGUCCUUUGGUUGAACGCUCUCACAACUCAUUACGAAGCUCUACUCCCAUGUCUGUGCCUGGCCCGUCCUCAAUAUCAGUUGCUUCAUCAAUGCCACAGUAUCACACCUUGUCAACACCAUCAUGCUUACCUGGAGCAGGUUCAGCUAUUCCUCAACCUCCAGGUCUAGCUGAACAAGGUAGUGCUCCUAUGGGUGCUGUGGGACCAAUGCCACCAACUACUCUGGAUUUUUCUCAAACUUCACUUGUACAUAAUAUAUCACGAAACGAUAAGCGCAAUAUCGAUUUUACCGAGGGAGUUUCAGCAUCCCCACGUCGGCGUCCUUCAAAUGAAAUAGAUCAUCGUACAGCCUCUAGAGUGUUGGAGGAUGCUGCACUACCUAUGAAUUGCCAAUUACUAUCCCCAACAUCACAGGAAUUUGAAGUUCCUGCUAUGCCAAUUCUUAGAAAUAGUGUCAGUGGUCUCCAGACUCGUCUGAGUCAAGUAAAUUUGAAUGCUCCUCCAUCUUUUGCCAACUUGCAAGAUUUUAUGGAUACACAGAAUACUAGGCAUCAAUUGAACAAUGAAGGUGUUCCCUUCAGUGAAAUAUCUACUUCUCUUUCAAAUCAGCAGUUUAAUGAAUUUCAUGUACCCUGUUCUCUUGAGAAUGUACGUGAAAGCUCCCGUCGCUUAAAUGUGGACUACCACAAUGGAACAACUGAUACAGAACCACCAAGUUCAACUGUUCUCAAGAGGAACACAGGAGCUAUUAAGCGCACUUAUUCUUCAUCGCCAUGUUCAUCAAGCAACAGUACUUCUUUAAAUCCUAACAUUCAGCGGAACAUUCACUCAACACCAGCAGUUUCUCAGUUGUCUUCAAGUAAUGCAUCAUGUAAUAGCCAUUCUGAAGCUCUCUUCAAGUCAUCAAAACUGCAGUCGGGUCAAGAUUGCUCCAGAAACUACAAUUGUUCCGGAAGAAGACCAGGUUUACCCGAAGAAACUCAGAUGCCCUGUUCUUCAUCAUCUGUUUCAAGUAGGACAAGGAUGCGGGGUAUUAAUGAAACUGAUGACCAUACCAUAUUCCAACAUGACCAUGCUGAUGAUACUGAACAUGAAGAUGCUCCUCUACUGCGAUGUGUGGGAUUUAACAACUGCCAAAGUUCUACAAGUAGUCAAAGUACAUCUAGCCAGAACACAUCUAAUGUUGAACUACAGAGUCUUGGACCAGGAAAAAAUCACUUGAAAGAAAGCUGUUUCCAAAUUCGAAAAUGUCCAAAGUAUCAAUCGAAAUCAGGAUCUAGAAGUCCUCUUUCAGAUACAACUGCAGUUGCAGCUGCAGCUGUUGCAGUGGCAACUGUUUCACAGAACUCACCGUCACAUCGGAAUGUUCAUUCUUCUUCUGGGAAAUCCAUGCUUUCCAACAGCCAAAGAUCAGUCAACACAAAUACUAAAGAAGAUUACGCUGUUCUUAACCAAAUGUCUGGUCAAGGACAACUUUACGAGGAGUUGCGAGAAUCAGUCUAUUCAGAAAUGACAUCUCUAAUUUCAGAAAAUGGGAGUAGGUCUCACUUUUUAGUUCAGUUACUUAGAGACCUACAGCAUAUUAGCUCUGAUUCUGUGAGACAAAGUGUCAUUCAACUUAUUCAGCAAGCUGUUAGUAGAUACCAGAUUGACCUGAGCGUUCUUGGACAGGAUGGAUGUACCUUGUUUGCAGAGGACGAGGCGGAAGAAGAUGAGGAAGAAGCUAAAAGAAUGGAAUCACAAAGGCUGGAGAGAGAAAGACUCCCAUAUGCUGGUGCUUGUAGUUCAUCUGAACCAAAGGGGACUUCUUCAAGUACACAAGAAGGUGAAACCUUGAUGCAGCUCGUACUUGGUCUCGAAUUAGCAGCUGUUUUGUCUGGAAAUGCUGAUGAAAAUUGUUCUCCUAGCUUAAUUGAUGAUGUGCGAAGCAGAAUAUUUCAGCUUAUUCCUAUGAACCAAACUUUAUCAGCCUUAAAUACUCAAGCUGUAAACUCCCCAAGAUCUGUUUCUUACGUCCAUUCUCAAAUAGACAAUGUAUUGGAAAGUGUAUUUCUUAAGUUUCAAGGAUGCAGAAUUGGAGAUGUUAGAAAUGAAAUAACAUCAUGUGUUGUCAGUGCCCUACCAAUUAAACUCAUGUACCGCAGUAUGGUGGAGUAUUACAGCCGUAAUAAUAUGGAAUCGGAAUCAUUGAUAAGAAGGGAUGGUCCAGUUUCAUUUCGAGAAAGUUCAUCAUCUCCUUCAGUGAGAGGUGUCAGUCCAAAUCCGUUGCAGUACUCGCAACACACUUCCACUUUGAGUCAUCAAGAUGGAAGGGAUGUAAGUCUAUUACAGGAAGCCUCUAAUGGAGACCUAGCUGAGGCAGAUCAAUCUCACCACUCUAUAAAUACUCUGGAUGGGGAUGGUGACUCAGAAGCUGACAGAGACUGCUCCACAGAUGGGCCAUUGUCAGCUUCAGUGUCAGAGUCUGCCUCUGGUUUACUCCACGUGCAUGUGUACCAACUGGGUGGAGUGUCUGAAGCUAUUGAUUCUGAGCCAGAGGUUGAAGCUCUUCAAGAAGAAGGAGAAGUUUUAGCAUGUACUUUAGUUGAUCGAAAUGUUUGCAGGGAUGAUAUGGCAGGAGCUGUUGGUGGAGCUGAAGUAGACAGAAAUAAUGUUGAUGAUGUCUCAGAACGCUGGAGUUUGGAGCAGGAUCAAGUAAAUGAUAGCGAGAAGGAAAGAGUGAGGGAACAAGGUCUUGACCAAGUUCCUACUAGACUCGCCUGUGAUAGUGAUCGUGAUCAAGAAAAUGGAGAAAAGCACAGGUCACAUCACUUGGCUAUGCCUCCACUUGAUUCAUCUACUUGAGGCUGUCAAACUUGGAAUAUAGUGCCUUCCAUAUUCAGAGUGUGAUUUGAUUUAACCCCGUAAAGUGAAUAGCAGUGAAGCAGCAGGAUUUCAAAUCAGCCUUUGUCAGAAUUCAUAUGUAUACCCUUUCCUUCUAAAACUGGCUGGGAGUUAAGUUUCUUGAUCUGAUCAUUCAUGUAUGUAUGCUAUAGGUAAUUUCUUACUUCUUGUCACUACAGUGUAGUAGGACACUUGCCAUCUUUAGUCAUUUGUUUUUUAAUGUUUUGUAAAACUAAUUUUUUUCUAAUGAAUUACUGUCGUCCCAAUUCUAGACUAGGCACAAUAUGGUGCUCCACUGUUUUACAAUCUUUCUUUUUUUUUUUUUUAACUUUUUGACAGAUUGUUUAGAACAAGGUGUUUUGUAAUAAAAAGUAAUAACAGUUGUUUA